GUUUACGGCCGCAUCGCUGCUCGUUUCAAUUGCAGGCGUAUCGCUGCUAUCUCGCCACUUGCUGCAGGCGGUCUGCUUGCUCUAUUAGCGCGCUCGUCGCUGCUGCACAGCCGGAGAGCCGCCUAGCUAGGCAGAGCAGCAUCUGAGCGAGGCUGCUGGAAACGCGACGACGGGCACGCCAGUGCAGUGCGACAGCGCGCAUAAUACGCUUGGCACAGCUGCGAAUAGCACCUACAAACCGCCCAAGUGCUCGCCGUCGCCGCGCCGCGCAGCACUUGGCUCCGGCAGCGAGCAACACUCUUUUGGACAGCAGCACACCGCGACACUAAAAGAACCAUGUCCGCCUUCGGCCAGAAGGUCGCGGCGCCCGUGCGCACCUACGAGGAGGAGAUGAAGUUCCUGAGCCGCAACGACGCGACGUCCUGGACCAUAAAACCGGGCUUCGUUCCGAACAUGCGCGCAAAACGCGGCGUCCCGCGGUGCUGCGGCGCCUUCACGCCGUCGACGCGACUCGUGUCCAGGAGACGAGGUCGUGGGUCGUUUUUUGAGAGAAAUGCGCCGUGCAGGUUGAGGGCCGCUUCUACGUCAAUUCGGCCCUGGAAGACCUCGUGUUUGACGAACUCAAACAACAGUGCGCGGCGGCGGGCCACGGAGGGUUCCUCCCAGCCAUAAAACAGAUCGCGAACGUGGCCGCGCUGCCGGGCAUCGUCGGGUGUAGCAUGGGCAUGCCGGACUUGCAUUCCGGCUACGGCUUUACCAUUGGGGGAGUUGCGGCCUUCGACUGCGACGACCCCGAGGCCGUCGUCAGUCCGGGCGGCGUGGGCUUUGACAUCAAUUGUGGGGUGAGAUUAUUGAGAACGAAUUUAUUCGAAAAAGAUAUCUCGGAGCACCGCGAGACGCUCGCGCAGCAGCUGUUCGACCACAUCCCCGUUGGAGUUGGUUCGAGAGGAGUUAUUCCGACCUCGGCGUCAGCGUUGGAUGCGGCACUGGAACUGGGCAUGGACUGGUCAUUAAGGGAGGGCUACGCCUGGGUCGAGGACAAGGAGCACUGCGAGGAGCACGGGCGCAUGUUGUCUGCCGAUCCCUCCAAAGUCAGUCGAAGAGCGAAGAAGCGGGGCCUGCCGCAGCUCGGCACGCUCGGCGCGGGCAACCACUACUGCGAGAUUCAAAUCGUCGACGAGGUGCACGACGAGUGGGCGGCUCGACGGAUGGGUAUCGGCGAAAAAGGUCAAGUUGUGGUCAUGAUCCACUCGGGGAGUCGGGGUCUGGGCCACCAAGUGGCCACGGAUGCUUUACUAGGCAUGGAACGCGCCGCGGAGAAGGAUCCAGGUCUCAAGAAUAAUGAUAGGCAGCUCGCCUGUGCUCGCAUCCAAUCCGAGGAGGGCCAGGACUACUUGAAGAGCAUGGCCGCCGCGGCGAACUACGCGUGGGUCAAUCGGUCGAGCAUGACGUUUCUGGUCAGACAAGCUUUUGCCAAGCAGUUCGGGUCGACACCAGAUGAUCUAGAUAUGAAGGUCGUGUAUGAUGUGAGUCACAACAUCGCGAAGACCGAGGAGCAUCUGGUCGAUGGCAAGAUGAAGACUCUGCUCGUGCAUCGGAAAGGAGCUACCAGAGCGUUUCCGCCGCACCAUCCUCUCAUACCUGUGGAUUAUCAGUUCACGGGCCAGCCCGUCCUGAUUGGUGGUACCAUGGGCACUUGUAGUUAUGUUUUGGCCGGCACCGAUAAAGGUAUGAGGCAGACCUUUGGGAGCACGUGCCACGGUGCGGGACGGGCCCAGUCUCGGAACAAGACUCGUCGGACACUGGCGUAUGAAGAUGUCCUCGCAAAUCUGGACAAGAAGGGGAUUUCUAUUAGAAUCGCGUCGCCCAAGCUCGUCAUGGAGGAGGCGCCCGAGGCCUAUAAAGACGUGACGAGCGUCGUCGACACGUGCCACGACGCGGGCAUCUCGAACAAAGUGGUCAAGCUGCGGCCGGUCGCCGUGAUUAAGGGGUAAGGGGGUUUCUGCUUUUGUGAUUUCGUUGUUCCUAAGCGCGUCGCGGCUAUCGCUGGGUCCCUCCGGGAAACUGGCCGCCGGGAUCUCACUGAUUCUCAGAUUAAUAAGCACGCGCCGUGGAGCUAGGCCGCCUGAAAGUAAAAGUCGGUAUCAAA